GCGGACCGAGCCGCGGCCGCAGCGGGCGGCGGGCGCAGAGGCGGCGGCGGCGGGGUGGUCUGGCGACGGCGAUGCGGCGGCCGCUCUGAGCCUGCCCGCUCCAGGCGCCGGGGGAACCGGCCGCGCGGGGCGGCAGCAUGCGGGGCGGCGAGGAGCUGGACGGCUUCGAGGGCGAGGCCUCGAGCACCUCCAUGAUCUCGGGCGCCAGCAGCCCGUACCAACCCACCACCGAGCCGGUGAGCCAGCGCCGCGGGCUGGCCGGCCUGCGCUGCGACCCGGACUACCUGCGCGGCGCGCUCGGCCGCCUCAAGGUCGCCCAAGUGAUUUUGGCCUUGAUCGCAUUUAUCUGCAUCGAGACUAUCAUGGAGUGCUCCCCGUGCGAAGGCCUCUACUUCUUUGAGUUCGUAAGCUGCAGUGCAUUUGUGGUGACUGGGGUCCUGCUGAUUCUCUUCAGCCUCAACCUUCAUAUGAGGAUCCCCCAGAUCAACUGGAAUCUAACAGAUUUGGUCAACACUGGACUCAGCACUUUCUUUUUCUUUAUCGCCUCAAUCGUGUUGGCUGCUCUAAACCAUAAAACCGGAGCGGAAAUUGCUGCCGUGACAUUUGGCUUCUUGGCAACAGCAGCCUAUGCAGUGAGCACGUUCCUGGCCAUGCAGAAAUGGAGAGUCAGUGUCCGCCAGCAGAGCGCUAAUGACUACAUCCGAGCUCGCACCGAGUCGAGAGAUGUGGACAGCCGCCCUGAGAUCCAGCGCCUGGACACAUGAGAACGUCUGGAGUUCUCCCGCUGCCCUUGUGCCCGUCCUUCUAAUCAAGUUUUCUUUCUCUUAGCACGUCAGAUUUUUAUGUGAACCAGCUGAAUUUUGUCCUGUUUGGUAAAAAUUCACUUUGGGAAAGUUGCCUAGAGUGGCCCAGUGACUGACCGAUCUGUGAUGGCCACAGAUCCAAAGAGGCCCAGGUCCUCUGGCCUUGGGUGCCCGUGGGAGCAGCCGACUUUAUUGACUGCUCUAGGUCUUAACUGUCCGUCUCAGAACUCAUGGUCUCACCUGACUCUGAGCCACCCUGUCAUGUGUAUUUGUGAUGAGUCAAAAUCUUAUUAAAUGGCACUAAGAAGGGAAGUAUAUGUCACAAGACAGGAGCACAGAGAUGGGACAGCCAGUGAGGUACGUGGACAGCCUUCUAGCGAGCUGGGGUGCGUGCUGAGUUCGUUAGACCCACCCUCCUUGUGCUCUAUUCAGAGCAUCGAGGCAGGCGGCAUGCUCUGAGUGGGCCUCUGAGGGCUGACGAAAGGAUGUGUCCCUGUAACUUCCUUGCCAGGCUUGUAUGGUACAGGGAUAGGAAAAGCUAGUGUCCUAUGGGGACAGCUCUGUGGGACUGACUCCCAGAACAGUGAUCGUUUGUCUCCUGCCCUGCUGAGAAAUCACUUGAUUCUUUCUCACGUGAAUCACCUUCCUGUGGUCCAUACUCAACUUCCGGAAUGGGGGAGCAUCACGUGUGUCAGGGCCCUGCCCACCUUACAUGUAUAUCUUGUUCCGGAAUGGGGGAGCAUCACGUGUGUCAGGGCCCUGCCCACCUUACAUGUAUAUCUUGUUCCGGGAUGGGGGAGCAUCACGUGUGCGGCCCUCCCCAUCUAACAUGCACACCAUGAGGCUGAGUUGCAGUUCCAGCACUUUUACCUUCUCAGGUGAAAGCUGCAGAGGAAGCAGCCCUCCCUCCCCUUAGCCCAGGCACUUUGUCCUCUUGCUGGCCUCAUGGUACAGAGUGGCAUGGUCAAACCCACACUUCUAUUGUAUGGACACGCCUAAUUUUCUGAAUAUCCGAGACAAGCUCUAAAGUGAUUCUGAGUCAGUUUAUCUAGGAUUUGAGAAUACUUGAAUCUGCACCAGGACAGGUCCUCCCACGGAUGUUCCACGAGGCACUGCUGCCAUUCUGGGCACCUGAGUGUCUUCACAAUGAUCAAAAGUCCCGGAACACGUUAUGAAUCCUAGUUACAUACGGCUUUUGGAUUGGUUCUUGGUAAACUGAAGAUUAUUUUUGUGGUGAAUGAAUUAAACAGGCCCCUAUGAUGCUGUAAUUUUGUUGUUAGAGACUAAUUAUAUUUUUGUUUUUGGAAAGUUGUUUUAACAUGUCAGGUUCUCACUCUGAACUGUUGAUGUUUACAGAUCUUGUAGCUCUAAGAUUUUGUGGGUCGCCUCACCAAGGAGAAGAUGUGGCUGGCAGGAGGAUAGUGUGGUGGUACAGAGCCCCCACUAUGUCCUAAGGACCGUUCACAACCUGAGCAGUGUCCUUUGUAGUUCAUAACCCAGAAGUGGGUGGCAAGGCUGCAGAGGAGAGUCUGAGGAGGUGCUCCCUGUGCACCACGGCUCUGCAUCGGUCAGGGAAGAGCAGUGUUGUAAGGCUGGAUGGCCAAGAGUGGCUAUUGUCAACCCCCACAGCAGGGCGUGGGAGUCCACAGGAAAUAGGGUCAGCCUGUGUCUGAUUGGGGGCAGAGUGGGGGAGUACUAGGGGCUGGCUCCCUAAAACCAAUAUCCAGUGUGAUCCAGUUCUGCUGCAGUUCCAGGUUGGCAUGUUUCCAUGUUCAGAGGAUGACCCAGCUAGUCCAGUGUACCUCCCUCCCUGCCUCUCUUCUCCUCCAGAGGGCAGCCUGGGUCUGUCCCUUGUCCAGCUCCUCAUGGAGGGAGAGCUUUCUGUUGCUGGAUGUGUUGAGUCAGUCGGUCAGUGCACAUUGUGCUUUACCAACCUGAGCCUGUUGUGUGUUGUGAUGUGGGGGAGUGGGUGACAUCUUGAUUUUUAUGUUAGUUUUACAUGGUCAUUUUGCCUUUGUUGAGUAUACCUAUAUAAUCAAAAUCAGGCUUUCUGCCUCAGAGAAUUCCCUUUAAAUAGGGUUGCAAAGACUCCAUCUGUAUCUGAGCCCCACUUGGAAUGGCCACCCUGAGCUUUAUCAUGUCACUGGGCCUCAGGAAAAAGCCACCUUUGAAGUGAGGCGGAAGAAAGAAGCAUUCAGAUGGGGUUUCUGCUCGUUUUCCCAAGUCCCUUCAAUAAACCCGUUUUAUCCUGUGAUGAAAGGAGGCCUUCUGAGGAAGUGUUGUCGGCUGAAGGAAAUGAUCCUGAGACCCAUUGAGACCAUGAAUACCAAUAAAUGAUAAUGUGGUGGUGUCUUAGGGCCUAAGAGACUUGAGAGCAAUUUGCAUCUUAGUGACAGAACCAUUGUAAUAUUUAUAUCCUGGUUACUAUUUAAUAUCCUUUGUGCUAUGAAGCUUUCCCGUGGCUUUUGUAUUUGUAUUUCCUUGUACUAUUUAACUAGCUCCCGUAGAGCCAGAAGUGGCUUGUACAUGCUCUAAUAGUGUGAUGCACAGGCCCCCUCGCCUUUACAGCCAGUGUGGUGAGCACAAGCCAUGAAGACAAUAUGGCUGUCUAUAAGUGAACACAGAGACACCUGUAUCUUUCCUGUUGUGCCUCUGUGCAAACAGAAGGUAAUAGAGUUGAGGUUUGUAAAGCAACCUCUGUGAAUUGAAAAAGGCAUAUUUUUGUGUUUAUUAAGCCUCCUGUGGACCAGUGCCACUUGCUUAGGUUUGGAGCAUUGUACGUGGGCCUUCCCAGUCUCCAUUUCCUGAGGAGAUGGUUUCAUUUCUCGGGUGGAGAAAACAUGGCAAGACAUGCAGUUGUUGGGGACAUGUGGUGUGUUCAUGGAGACAUAGGGUUGACACCCUCUGGCAUUUGGUAGUGUUGAUGGAUAUUAACUUGUCUUCGGAGAAAGUGUAUUUUGGCCUUGUUUAUUUCGACUGAAUGCCAGGUACCAGUCUUCUCUACCUUCCCUGCCAAAGGCUCAGAGGGUAAGACUGCAGUCAAGAAAACCUAAAGAUCUGUAUUGGCUCCUAGAGAGGGCAAACACAAUGAGGUAGUGAGUUCUUUUCAGAGAAGUUCUGCUUAAGGUAGAUCGCCAUGCAAUGCAGAUUGCUUUUGUCUACAGACAAAGCAAGAAUGCAGUAAGCUGCCUACAUCCUUCUUAGCAGUAUGCUAAAACACCAGCGUGGGCAGAGCCUGGGCAGCAGAACCAGCAAGGAUGAACUACCCACUGAGCACUCUCUGAGAACUUCUCACUGAGACUCUUGGCAGGAAGACUUAUGGGCAGACCUGGUACGCCUUGUCUUCCACCCUGGCUGGAUGCUUCUGAAGAGAAUUAAAUGAUUCAGUUGAAAACAUUUCUUUUUCUUUCAAGUUUCUUUUAUCUUCGAAGUUUUUCUAUUGGUUCAGUCAGUCUUAGAAGAAAUGAAGGCCUAACUCUCUUGUCCCUGCAUGUAUGUGAAUUCUUGCUGUGAAUGAGUCUUGGCUAGCCUUCUUUGUGACACAAACUCACCUUGUGGAUUUGCAUGUACUGUUUGGAGGAAAUCUCUUGCCUAUCUAAGAGGUGGCCUGAGGAUUCGUCCCUGCCCAUGUCAGAGCCUCUGUGGGUCAGUCGUAGGAGCAUGGAGACUUGUGUCCAUCCUAGUAGUGAUGGAGGUGGUUCCAGUGAUGACAGCGUCUGUGUUCAGAGCACACAAAAGUCCCAUGGUUAGUGUGUUUCUGCCUAACUGUCUUUUUCUGAAGAUGUCCUCUACAUAGCAAUAGUGACAUUAAACAGGUAACAGUGGGGGUUGGGGGUGGUGGGGCGCAUACAAUUUCUAUGUAGAGAAUUGUUGACUGAUUCUCAUGAGCUGAA